AUGCCGAAAGGCAGCAAGGACGGCGCGCUCAAAAGCGCGGCGUGGCGAGAUCGGAGUCUGAAAUCGUUGAAGCUCGGCAGCACGGCUCUGGCGGGCUGCGGACUUAUGUCGGGUCCGGCGGCAGCGAACAUGCUCGCCGAUACCACAGCCGCGAUCAAUCCGGGUGCAAUGAUCCUUGUUGGCGCAGUCGGUGGCAUGUGCGCCUUUGCCGUAACCGCGGCUGUCUCCCUUGUCAGGCAUCGCAAGCAAUCCGCUCAGGUAACUGCAUCGCUUGAAAAGGAAAAGAGCGACCUGAAAUUCCGGAUUGAUCGGCUGGAGGCCAUGCUCAACACGGAUGAGCAGCGUGUGAUCGUCUGGACCGGUAACGGUGCCGUCCCGCAGAUCUGGGGCAUUCUUCCUGAAAAAUCGGGUGUGCCGCGUCCUCCUGCGCAGCUCCUUGCAUUUGGAAGCUGGCUCACGACCAAAUGUGCCGGCGAUCUCGAGCGGCAUCUGGAUAUGCUGUUUCGGACCGGCGAGGCCUUUACCGCAACAUUGAAGACACGCACGGGCACUUAUGUGGAGGCCCUGGGGCGCACCACCGGUGGCGCGGUUGUCCUGCGUUUGCGCGAUCUGACCGGCGAACGGCAGAUGCAGGCGGAACUGUCCGCACGCAACGCCAGAAUUUCCGGCGAGCUCCAUAUGCUGCACGCAUUGCUGGACGCCAUGCCCGCUCCGGCCUGGCAGCGGGACGCGGAAGGCAAACUGAUCUGGGCCAAUGCGGCAUACGCCGAAGCCGUUGAGAUGACCGAUGCGGAAAGUGCAAUCAGGGAAGGGGCGACAUUCCUGGACGCUGCAGCCCGUACAGCCAUGGCCGUGCAGCGCACCGAAGAUGGGUGCUUCUCGGCACGCAUUCCCAUUGUCGCCUCCGGCGACCGGUGCGUGUUUGAAGUCACCGAUGUCAACGCGAGUGUCGGCGGUGCCGGUAUUGCCGUUGACAUCAGUGAGCUUGAACAGGCGCGCAAGGAACUCGGCAGGGCCGAGGAAUUUCAUGGCCGCACGCUGGACCAGCUUGCCGCCGCGGUCGCAAUUUACGGCAGCGAUCGCAAGCUGCAGUUUUACAAUGCUGCAUUCCGUCAGCUCUGGGACCUGGAUGAUGCCUUCCUGGAGAGCCGCCCGGAAGACAGCACUGUCCUGGAUGCGCUUCGUGCCUCGCGCAAACUGCCCGAACAGGCCGACUACCGGGUCUGGCGCAACAAGAUGCUGAAAAGCUACCAGUCGCUGGAAGCGCGGGAAAGCUGGUGGCAUUUGCCCGAUGGCCGCACCUUGCGUGUCAUUGCGAACCCCCAUCCGCAGGGCGGCGUCACUUAUAUCUAUGAAAACUUCACCGAGCGGCUUGACCUGGAAAGCAGGUACAACGCGCUGACCCGGGUUCAGGGUGAAACUCUCGAUAAUCUGUCCGAAGCCGUUGCCGUGUUCGGGUCCGAUGGCCGUCUGCGCCUCUGGAACCCGGCAUUCGGCCGUAUCUGGCAGCUCGAGGAAGACCAGUUGGCUGAGCUGCCGCACGUCAACGAAGUCGUCUCGGCCUGUACACUCAGCGAAACGGAAGAAAACGCCUGGGAACAGCUGGCUGGAAAUGUCACCGGCCUCCUCGACAAUCGCACGCACAAGGUCAGCCGUCUGGAACGCCACAAUGGCGAUGUUCUUGAUUAUGCCACUGUCCCGUUGCCGGAUGGCGGGACGCUGGUAACCUUCGUCGACGUGACGGACAGCGUGAAUGUCGAACGCGCCCUGCUUGAGAAAAACGAGGCGCUGCAGCAGGCCGAUCAGAUCAAGAACGCCUUUAUCCAGCACGUUUCCUACGAAUUGCGCUCACCGCUGACCAAUAUCAUCGGAUUUGCCCAACUGCUGUCGGAUCCGAAGUUCGGGGAACUGUCCGAAAAGCAGGGUGAAUAUGCCGAAUAUAUUCAGUCGUCUUCUUCGGCACUUCUUGCAAUCAUCAAUGACAUUCUUGAUCUGGCGACGCUUGAUGCCGGUAUCAUGGAACUCGAUCUGGGUGAGGUCGAUGUUGCCUCCACCGUAUCGGCAGCCGUCGAAGGGCUGAAAGACCGAAUUGCCGAAGCAAAGAUCAAUCUCCGAACCAAUGUGCCUGAAAACAUCGGCGUCAUCGUUGCAGAUGAGAAAAGGCUCCGGCAGGUCCUGUUCAACCUGAUUGCCAAUGCUGUGCGCUAUUCGGAAGAAAACGGCGUCGUCGAUGUGAGCUGCAACCGGGAGGACGACAAGGUUUCCUUCGUGGUGCAGGACCAUGGCUAUGGCAUACCGGCCGAAAUUCUCGCCCAGGUCUUCAACCGCUUUGUCGGCCACGACACCGGCAGCCGCAGGCAGGGUGCCGGACUUGGAUUGGCCAUCGUGAAGAGUUUUGUUGAGCUUCACGGCGGUACGGUUGAUAUCGAAUCCGCAGAAGGCAAGGGGACAACCGUCACAUGCGUGUUUCCGGCGCGCCCCGAAUUGGCGGACCAGGUCGCCGCCGAAUAA